GCGAUCUCGGUGUGCCGGCGGCGCGGAGGAUCCGUCGCCAUGCCGGAAUGCCCGGAGCUGCACCUGGCCGGCCGCUACAUCAACGAGGCGUGCGGCGGGUUGGUGUUCGAGGGCGGCGUGCAGCGCUCGGCCGUGGGCCGCGGCCCGGAGGUGCCGUUCAGCAGCGAGGCCUACAGGGUGACGGCCGUCUCCCGCGGCAAGGAGCUGCGGCUGACGCUGGAGCCGCUGGACCCCGGCCCUUCGCAGGCCUUGGUGUUCCGCUUCGGCAUGUCGGGUUCGUUCCGGCUGUGCGAGGCCUCCAGCCCGCCCCGCCACGCGCAUUUGCGUUUUUUCACCCGUGAGAGCCCCCCCCGCUCCCUCUGCUUCGUGGAUCCCCGGCGCUUCGGCACCUGGCGGCUGGGAGAGGAGUGGCAGCCCGACCGCGGGCCCUGCGUCCUGCUGGAGUACGAGGCCUUCAGGGAGAACAUGCUGACCAACCUGGAGGAUAAAGCUUUCGACAAGCCCGUCUGCGAGGCGCUGUUAAACCAGAAGUAUUUCAAUGGGAUCGGCAAUUACCUCCGUGCUGAGAUCCUGUACAGGGCGAAGAUCCCUCCUUUUGAAAAGGCCCGGACUGUGCUAGAAGCCCUGAAGCAUCGGGAGCAGAAUUCUUCCCUGACAUUGAGUAAGAAGCUGAAGCUGAAGCGAGAUAACCCGGAUCUCCUGGAGCUGUGCCACACGGUGCCCAUGGAGGUUGUGGCAGCAGAUAAAAAUCUCUUUGACCCUUCUGACUCGGAUAACUAUGCUGCCUUCAAGAACUGGCUGCAGUGUUACUUAGUGCCUGGCAUGAGCUCCCUGCGGGACCGCAACAACAGGACCAUAUGGUUCCAGGGAGAGCCUGGCCCCAUGGCUCCCAAAGGUCAGAAGUCCCGCAAGAAGCACGCACACCUGAAGGCAGAUCCUGAAGCUCCAACCCCCACGGUCACAACACGUGCCUCCAAACGGCGUUCUGGGGGUGCAGAGAAGCCCCCGGAGCCAGCUGUGAAGGAGGAGGAAGAGAAGGCAGUGCCUGAUGGGUCAAGGAAGGGACGUGCCCGUGGGAGGAAGAAAGUGGCUGCUGCUCCAACCUUAUCUGAGCCAGAUGUUCCUCCAGUCAGAGCAAAAAGAAACCGGACUUCAGCACGCAGAGGCAGAGGAGCAGCUGCUGUAGUGUGAGUAGAGCACACUGCCUUCACACACCUCAGCCUUUGGAAUCGUGUGACUGCUUCUGCUGUGGAGACACACUGGCCUGGGCUGCCUGGUGUUGCUUUCAGGCAUGCCUGCUUGUAGCACUCGCUCUGUGCAGCACUACUGCUCUUGCAGCCUCAGGGAUGGGGGCAGGCUGGUGCUCCUCCUCCUUCCUGUUCUUAUAUAUAUUUUUUUUAUAACCUUGCUUGUCCCUUGUGAGUGGUUUUAGAAUCAGUUCCUCAGAGGGACCACUGAUUGUGCAUCGUGUCAGAUUCUGACCCCUUCCUAUACCUUAAAUCAUAUUCCUUCUUCCUUUUUUUAAUUGCUGCCUGGAUCACUGAGAAAGCUGGUUUUAGAUGAUUAAUAAAAAGUAUUUUGUGUAAAAA